GACCCCCUUACUCACACAGUGACGUCGGGGGGAGACACCCCUUUCGGUGGCGGCGGGGGGGAUGGAAUCCCCUCCUGUCGCCCGUGACGCGGUCGGUGUGUCCCGUGUUUGUGUCCCGGUUCCCGCGGCGGGGCCGGCAGGGGGCGCGGUGGGCGCGUGACGCCGGUAGCGGCAUGGCCGCGGGGCCCGGCGGGGCGGCGGCGGCGGCGGUCGGGGCGCGGGGGAUCGGGGCCGCCUGCCUGCGCCUCCUCCGCCGCGCCCGCCGCGCCGCCGCCGCGCUCAUGGCCUUCGCCGCCCCGCUGCUGUUCCGCCUGGGGUACAGCCUGUAUGCCCGCACGCGCCUGGGCUACCUCUUCUACCAGCGGCAGGUGAAGAAGGCCCGAGAGCGGUACCCACAUGGCCAUUCUGUGCCCCAACCCUGCUGCUUCCCUGGGGUGAAAAUCCUGCCCAUUCCCGUGCUCUCCAACAACUACAGCUACCUGGUCAUCGACACUGGCUCCAGCCGAGCGGCCGUUGUCGACCCCUCUGACCCACUGGCUGUGCAGGCUGCCAUUGAAGAAGAGGGGGUGAUGCUGGAGGCCAUAUUCUGCACACACAAACACUGGGACCACAGCGGGGGGAACGCGGCGCUCUGCCAGAAGCACAAUUCCUGCAAAGUAUAUGGCAGCGCUCUUGAUGCCAUCCCACAGCUCACCAACCCACUUGCAGACAGGGAGAAGGUGAGUGUGGGCUGCCUGACCUUCGAGGCGCUUGCCACACCUGGCCACACUGUGGGCCACAUGGUGUACGUGCUGGACGGGGAGCCCUUUGGCAGCCCCCCCUGCCUCUUCUCCGGGGACCUCCUCUUCCUCGCUGGCUGCGGCAGGCCAUUCGAGGGCUCCCCUGAGACCAUGCUCGCCUCCCUGGACAUGGCCGUGGGUUUGGGUCAGGACACGCUGCUGUGGCCGGGCCACGAGUAUGCACUGGAGUGCCUGACCUUCGCCAGCCUCCUGGAGCUGGACAAUUCUGCGCUGGAACAGAAGCUGCAGUGGGCAGUGCAGCAGCGCCAGGAGAAGAGGAGUACGGUGAGGCAUGGGGGUCCCUUGGCUGCAGCACCCACCACCCCAGCCCCUCACAGGGAUCCCCAUCCCUUGGCAGGGAUGCUGCACCCCAACAUCCUCUUUCAUGGCGGGUUCCUUAAGGGAAGGGGGUUCUGGGAGGGGUUCCAGCUCCCUGCCAGGGGUGCUGCCUCUGUCAGGGGAGCUGAAUGGCUGGCCCCACAGUGCCCCUCCACACUGGGGGAAGAGCAGACCUACAACCCCUUCCUACGGACACACCGGCCGGAGCUGCAGGAGGCACUGGGACUGUGGCAGGACGGGGGAGAGGACCCCGAUGCCUUCCGCGCCCGCGUCCUCAAGGAGGUGCGGAGGCGCAAGGACCUCUACCAAGCCACCUAGAUCUUCCCUCCCCUUUCCAUGGGGCUGGGUGAUAUUUGGGCACAAGGGGCCCAAGGCUCUGUGUGUUUCAAUUUGCUGUGAAUCUCCCUCCUGGGGUGCAUGGCUGGGGGGGAAGAGUGGACACCCCUUUACAUGGGCACCCCAUAAGUGAUCCCUGCCUUUGCUCCCCCAGACUUGGGGGUCACCAGCUAUCAUAGAAGCACCUCGAUCCCCUUUCUGGGGGUCUGUAGCCCCCCCUGCCCCACUGCUAGGGCUAUGGGGAUGGCACCAAGGGCUUUUCCUAUCCCCCCUCCCUGUUUUUCUGGGAGUCCCCAAUUUCCCCACCACCACUACCACUCGACUCCCUCCCCUUACCCUGGCAGCCCCUAGUGCUGUGCAUCUCUUUUGGAGGGGGCUGUGAUGGAGUCUGCAAGGGUAGGUGGGGGGCAGUACUACCUCCAGGCAAGGGGCUCCUCUCCAGCACCCCAUCCUUGACGCUGGAGCCCCCCCUGCGCGCACACACACACAGACACACACACAGAGCUGGGGACAUGGGCUCACACUGGUGUGGGGUGGGGGAUGCUACUGUACGGGACACACACACACACCCCCAAAUAAAAGACUAGAUCGAUUUUA